UAAACAAUGACCAAACAGGGUGCGUAAGAACAUUAGCCUUGGUUUUGAAGUACAGACAUUAUUUCAGCUACACAAUGACUAACAUGCGUUUGUGGUUGUAGCAUGGGUGUUCAGAGUUAUGCUUGGGCAGGAAGUCAGGUAACAAUGAGAACGCGACCAACAGAUGCAAAGUAAAAGAAGAGGACGGGAAGGAGAGAAGGGUGUGCGGCAGAGACGAAAAAAGCAAACAAGCAAAAAGCAAUUUAAAAAAGGUAAAAUGACAGAGGACAUUUAAUACUAGUGACAGGAAUAACUGUGGAUGAAGGCCAAUCUGUGAAAAGGAUAAAGAAGGAAAAAAGCAGAAGAGUACGUACAUGGAAGACAUAUAAUUGGUGCAAUGGUGAUCACAUCCUAACUGGAACUACUUAGUGUUCUUCUCACAGCAGGUACAAUGGGGUGUGGGUGCAGCUCUGAGUAUGAUGAGGACUGGAUUGAAAACUUUGAUGUGUGUGAAAACUGCCACCUUCCGCGAGAGAAAAAGCAGAUGAUUAUGCAAUAUGAUGUACAAGACCCACUGGUUUCAUAUAUUUCUCAACUUCCCCCAACUUCUCCAGUGCAUGAUAAACAGGUAGUGGCCUUGUAUGAUUACUUGCCGGUACAUGAUGGUGAUCUUGGCUUUCAGGCAGGAGACAACCUAUACAUCCUGCAAUCAACUGGAGAGUGGUGGAAAGCUAAGUCCUUGCGAACAGGAGAAGAGGGACUUGUGCCAUAUAAUUUUGUAGCAUCUGUUGGAAUUGCAUCGGAAUGUUGGUUUUUCAGAGAUCUGGGUCGUAAAGAUGCAGAACGUCAGCUCUUAGCUCCAGGAAACGAGCAAGGAUCUUUCCUAAUACGAGAGAGUGAAACAAAUAAAGGCUCCUACUCGUUAUCUGUACGUGAUCUAGAUCAGAAUCAUGGAGAGGUGGUGAAACAUUACAAGAUUCGCAAUAUGGACGAUGGAGGAUUCUAUAUAUCUCCUCGAAUAACUUUCAAGAACCUCCAAGAACUUGUGCAACAUUAUUCUGGUACCUCGGAUGGAUUGUGCACCUUACUGAAAAAACCAUGUCAGACUCACCGACCACAAAAGCCCUGGUGGGGUGAUGAAUGGGAAAUUUCACGCAGUUCCCUUCAACUGGUGAAAAAACUAGGUGCAGGGCAGUUUGGGGAAGUGUGGAUGGGAUACUACAAUAAGCACACCAAAGUUGCAAUAAAGAGCCUUAAGCAGGGCACCAUGCCCCCAACAGCUUUCCUGGCAGAAGCCAAUCUAAUGAAGCAGCUGCAGCAUCCACGACUGGUCCGCUUACAUGCAGUGGUAACUGAACAGCCUAUAUUUAUAGUGACAGAAUUCAUGGAAAAUGGAAGCCUGAUAGAUUAUUUGAAGACACCAGAAGGCCUCAGACUUAACGUCUAUAAACUAAUAGACAUGUCCGCCCAGGUGGCAGAAGGAAUGGCAUUCCUGGAGCGUAAGAAUUAUAUCCAUCGAGACUUGCGAGCUGCCAACAUUUUGGUAUCAGAAAGAGUGAUCUGCAAAAUUGCAGAUUUUGGUCUGGCUCGUAUGAUAGAGAACGAUGAGUACACCGCCCGGGAAGGUGCCAAAUUCCCAAUUAAAUGGACAGCUCCUGAAGCAAUAAAUUAUGGAACAUUUACAAUUAAAUCAGAUGUAUGGUCAUUUGGUGUUCUCUUAACUGAAAUCAUCACACAUGGGCGAAUUCCUUACCCAGGCAUGACUAACCCUGAAGUGAUUGAUCAUCUUGAGCGUGGGUACCGCAUGCCAAGACCAGAAGAUUGCCCUAAGGAACUUUAUGAUUUGAUGCUUCGAUGUUGGAAGGACAUCCCUGAAGAAAGGCCUACAUUUGAAUUUCUUCGCUCCUAUUUGGAAGAUUUUUUUACAGCUACAGAGGGCCAGUAUCAGGCUCAGCCUUAAAGAGUCACUGUACUUUCACACAAUUUAAUUUCCUUUAAUAGAGAAUGGUGUAACUAGCAUAUUUCUUCACUUAAAAAAUAUGCCUGCAUCCACCUGAAAAAAAACCCCAAAAAACUACAGUCAUGACCACUAGGGCUCUCACUUCCACUUAAUUUGCAGUCCACUGCCUGUUGUCAGGCAAGAUCCGACCGUAGUAACAGAGACUCAGAAGACAGCUCACAGAAAGUGGGGGCAUAUCAGAGCUAGCUGAGAUCCUGAGCCUGAUAAAAGAACUGCUUCUACACUGCUUUUGAAGAUUAUAGGAGCCUCCUGUGUCUGCAAGUGUGAUUUCCCCCUCCUUAUCUGUUCUGUGAGCUCUGGAGCUGAAAACAAACAUAGUGGGAAGUAAGGGAAAGGACAUCACAGCAGUACAGUGCUGGUAAAUUUCACAGAAGGGAGACAUCCACUGCUUGUGAGAGAAAUUAAUCUAGUUGUGCAGAGAAUAAUAUGACUGAAAGAAACAUUAGGGAAGCCCAUAAAAUACCUUUUUCUUAACAGUUAUAAUUGUACAAAGAAACAGUCAUUCUGCAAAUUUCUUUUUUUUAAACUAGGGUACGCUUUAAGCUGUUAUAGACAAUUGAUUUUUGUCAAAGGAUAUCAUCUGUCCUCUGACUUCCUUGAAAAAAUGUGUGGUCAGCAACCACCUUUUGCUCAUCUUCCUUAAACUAGCAUUGUUGUAGAGAACUCAGAUAUACCAAUGAUGAUGCUGAUGGUACUGCCAUGGGUUUCCAGCCUUAAAAUGGCUUCUAAAUUGCAAAAUAACGAAGUUUGCUAUGAAGUUACUUUACCAAUUACUCUCUGGUCCACUGCCACUCCUGAUGUCCCUUGGAGAGGCAACAAGAACAGGAGAGGAUGCACAGGACCAACCAAAGUGUGAAAACAAGUAUAACACAAAGUUUGUUGUCUGGUAAAUUUUCUUCUAGUCUUCUAUACAAUAGUUUUCCAUAACAGGAUAUACCUCAUAUAACUCUUGCCUAUUCCUCAUUUACAUACCUAUAUGCACACAGAAUAAUCCCAAAUAAUAUAUACCGUAUAUACUGUAUAUGUGGUUAUUUUGCCUAAAUUCAGAUGUGAAAAACUGCAGGGAACAUUUCAUUAAACUGUGUGUAUAAAAUAGUUGUGCAUUUUAAAGAUUAAAUAAAGACACAUAAGGUUA